UUUCAGUCAUUCGUUAAUCAAAAUGGUCGCCGUUAUGCUCCCAACAGCUCGAAAACCAACUGAACAUAAAACUCCAUCAGCUAUUGAUCAAAAUUGGCCGUGUUUUAUCGUUGCAUUCACAAUGGCAUCAAUCAAGCUUUUGCUCUCAUAUACUGGAACAGAAGACUUCAGAAUUGUUGGAUUCAAUGAUGUCAACGUAUUCUUCCUCAUGGAACUUGGCUCAACUCCACUUGCAGUCAUAAAUCCACGUGUCUGGUUUGGAAUGUUUAUGUGUUCUCUUUCAUACAUGUCUGUGGAGACUGGAUAUCCAACUGUCGCUAUUGUCACUAUUGUUUCAAUGCUCAUUAUUGCCUACGCAAUGGAGUAUGUCGAUUAUAGAAAGAAGCAAGAAACUGAGAGAACCGCUGUCUACCAAAUUCUUCCACUUGUCGAUGAGAAGAAGUUCAGAGAACAAGAAAUGAUCUAACAAUACUUUUCGUGUUUCUAAAUGCUUAUUUUAGUCAAAUUGACUCAAACUCGAGUGAUUUUAUCAAAGAUUUCAAACUUGUAUUUUAUGCCUCAUUUUCACAUUCUGGUUUUUCUUGUAAUUAAGGUACUAAACUAUAAAACUAUAUAUUUU